GAACAAGAACAUGGAUUACUACAAGCGGGAGAUUGAGUACUGCAGGAAGGCCAUGGCCAGGACCAGGGUGAAGUCCUCCAUCUGCCUCGAGGGGUACAUCAAGUUCAAUGAGCAGUACGUGCCCCACGACCCCAUCAUGUCCGGCUGCCUGCCCAGCAACCCCUGGAUCACGGACGACACCACGUACUGGGUGAUGAACGCCCCCACGGUGACAACCCCCACGAAACUGCGCGUGGAGCGCUGGGGCUUCAACUUCAGCGAGCUCAUCAUGGAUCCCCUGGGCCGGGCACAGCUCCUCGAAUUCCUCAAGAAGGAGUUCAGUGCCGAGAACCUGAGCUUCUGGGAGGCGUGUGAGGAGCUGCGCUACGGGGAGCAGUCCCGCAUCGCCGAGAUCGUGGAUUCCAUCUACCAACAAUUCCUGGCUCCCGGGGCCACGCGCUGGGUGAACAUCGACAGCAAGACGAUGGAGCGGACGCUGGAGGGCAUCAAGACGCCCCAUCGCUACGUGAUGGACGACGCCCAGAUGCACAUUUACAUGCUGAUGAAGAAGGACUCCUACCCGCGGUUCCUCAAGUCGGACCUCUACAAAAACCUCUUGGCCGAGGCCAUCAUCCCCCCGGAGACCAAGAAGCGGGUCUUCCCCUUCAUGCGCAAACAGCGGCACUCCAGCCCCAGCCCGGCCCUGCUCCUGCCCGCGGGCGAUGCCGAGGAGAGGGGCAGGAGACCCUCGACUGCCCCCGUCCCCGAGGAGGAGAGCUGAGGCUGCAGCCCCCCGCCACCAUGAGAGCCCCCUGACCCAGCACAGCCCAGCCCCGCCGCAGGACCCUGCCGGCAGUAGCACUGAAGGAGAGAAGCCAUAUCCCCCCCAGCAACCCCCGGGGCCAGGCUGGCCCCGCUGCAGCCCCCGCUCACAUCUCCACACCCUCCCCUCCCUCGGGGAACCCGCACCCAGCCGGCCUGGUGCGGGGUCACCCCCUCCUCCCGCCCCCACCCCGGGCACAGGACA